AUGUCGCAAUCUUACACGGCAUCGGCGAUACCGACAGGGUUCCCUCCGCAUCGAGAUUCGCAUCAUGGUGAUCCGCAUGCCGCUUGCAGAAACCAAAACACGGCCAAUGAUGAUACGACACUGGGCGCCUCUCCAAUUCUAAGCUGUAUGUUGGCCGGAGGGUUCGGAGGCUCUGUCGGAGACACGGCCAUGCACUCGCUAGAUACUGUCAAGACCAGACAGCAGGGUCUACUGUUCAAUCCCAAGUACCAAAACAUGGUUCGUGCGUAUGCGACGAUCUUUAGAGAAGAGGGCUUUUUCCGCGGUCUAUAUGGAGGGUAUACGCCUGCGAUUUUGGGCUCGUUCCCAUCCACAGCUGCGUUUUUUGGUGCGUACGAGCUCAGUAAGCGUUUUAUGAUCAACGAUUUGCACAUGAACGACACCAUUUCUUAUCUUAUUGCAGGAACCGUUGGUGACUUGGCACUGAGUGUCUUUUACGUCCCUUCGGAGGUUCUCAAAACGAGAUUACAGCUCCAGGGCAGAUACAAUAAUCCAUACACAAAAGGGUGUGGAUACAACUAUAAUGGUCUUCGAGAUGCCGUCAGGUCUAUUGCGGCCAAGGAGGGAAUCUCGACUUUGACAUAUGGCUAUAAAGAGACGCUUUUCAGAGACUUGCCCUUCAGCGCGUUACAGUUGGCCUUCUACGAGAAGUUUCGUCAACUUGCCAUUCUCUACAACAAAAAUUCCGAUGACUUGGAUCUCCCGACAGAACUCUUGACUGGUGCGGCUGCUGGUGGUCUUGCUGGUGUAAUGACUACUCCUCUCGAUGUCAUCAAAACCAGAAUUCAGACUGCCACCCUAGAUACUGCCGGUUCUCACAAGAAAAGUGUCGCGGCCUCAACGCAUUUCUUCAAAAGAUUCUCCACUCUUAAUGCAUUGCACUCUAUUUAUAAACUUGAAGGUGUUGUGGGCAUGUUCUCCGGUGUGGGACCACGGUUCAUUUGGACAGGAGUGCAAAGCUCCAUUAUGUUGUUACUAUACCAAGUCUCGUUGAAAAAGCUUGACGCAAUGAUGACCAACAAAGACUUCUAG